AUGUGGGGUCAGGGCCCGAUGCAGAACAUCACCACACAACGGCACGACUACGUGCCCAAGCCUGUGGUGCCAACAGAAAGCUUCAAGCCACCAGCAAAGUUCCACUGCGUUGAGCAGCCGUUCGAAAAUCGUACUGUGAACCGCAUGUCGUAUUUGGAUCCCGGCAGAGUACCACCGCCAGAGUCGUACGCACCUGCCAAAUGCUAUGAAAAGCCUUCAGCUAAAAUGGAAAGUGAGACGACACAAAAGAUGUCAUAUCAGCCUGUAUGUGUCCCCUCGCCGCAGCGACCGCCCUGGGCCUGUAAAGGGCAGUACCAGAAGCCGUGCCAAAGGCUGGAGAGUACCACAAUAUACAAGUCUUCAUUCAUGCCCCCGGGCGAAGACUGCACUCAAUACAUGGACCCAUGCUCAUAUGGUGACUGCAAACCUUGUGACUGCAUAUGCCCAGCGGAGUGCAUAGCGACAGAUCCUUGCGCGUGUAACUUCCCGAAAGCAGCGUGCUGCAGCUAA